CGAGCCGUCCGCGUUAUUGUAGGCUCCUUCCCAGUAAUAGUCGACGAGGCGCAGCUCAGCUGCAGCCUACGUGGCAUGGCUUUCUGUUUCGUUUAGGCAGCAGCUUUGAGAGCGCUGACUUAACCUACACCCGCCGCUGCCGCAACACCUCUCAUAGACCAACAAACAUGGCUGCCUCUCCAACUACUCCGAUUCCGUUGAUCCAUCUCCUCUGCGUAAACGAAAAGGACAUCGCCGCCUUCAAUGCCGCAAAAGAAACCUACAAGCUUCCCGCAUCAGUCAACGUCACCAUUCACAAUGCAGCCCUCGCCGCCCUCGAUCCAGCUAUUCAAUUCGACGCCAUAGUCUCUCCCGCGAACUCAUAUGCGCUGAUGGACGGAGGCUUCGACGAUGCCCUCUCGCGCGCCUUUUCGCCCAAAGGAGACUAUCUUGCCCUCACUCGCGUCGCGCAGGCCGCUGUAUACAAAGAAUACCGCGGUUUCGCGCCCCCGGGAAGCUGCACGCUCAUUGAUUUGGAGGGCGAAGCCAGCCUGAAGCAGAACAAUUGGGGGUGCAAGUGCUUGGUCCUUUGUCCGACCAUGAGGAUGCCACAGAACGUCACGUGGGAUCGAGAGGUCGUGUAUGAAUGUGUCUGGACGCUUCUAGCUGCCAUCGAUAGACAUAACGGGCGAGUGUGGGAGGGUGCAUCUCAAGAUGAGCAAAGUGCUGGAGAGGGAGGGAUUCGGAGUGUUUUGAUGACGCCGUUGGCGACUGCCACUGGCGGUUGGAGUGCUGAGAGGUGGGCCGCACAAACUGUGCUUGCGAUCAAGCAUUUUUUAGAUGCGGUGGAGAACGAGGCGAAAUGGAGGGCAAUGCAAUGGGGUCAGGUUGGACGGUACUCUACUGAGGUAAAGAGAAGCUAUAACCUAUAG